AUGGGCAAAAUAGCCAAAAAGUUAAGGGAGAUCAAAGAAGGACUUAGGAAUGAUGAAAACUUGACUCGAGGGAGGAGGGGUAUUGUUCGCGGAUUCAAAGCAUUACCAUUAUCGACGGGAAAAUAUCUAAUUCAAAAGGUUCCGUUCGUGCAAUGGUUUCCGAACUAUGCUCCGAGGUGGCUUUUGGACGAUGUAAUAGCAGGUGUCACAGUUGCAUUGGUUUUGGUACCACAGGCCCUGGCAUCCGCAGCCCUUGCUGGAGUGCCAUUACAACAAGGCUUAUUCGCUAGCUGGCUGCCAUCAGCUAUAUACUUCUUCAUGGGGACGUCUAAAGAUAUCGCCACGGGACCUACGACAUCCCUGAGCCUCCUUACCAACGCUGUUGUGCUGUCUAUUACUGCUCAAGGUCUUCCAAUACCACCAGCUCUCAUCGCAUCCGCUCUUUCGUUCUCAAUAGGUGCUCUAUCUCUACUAAUAGGACUUUUAAACCUUGGAUGGAUUCUAAAUUUCGUAACGGUUCCUAUGCUGGUUGGAUUUCAAAUGUCGGCAGCGCUGAUCAUCAUUCAAGGCCAAGUACCCAUGAUCCUCGGAGAAUCGGGCGUAGGUCAGGACUUCACAAAGCAAGGAAUGGAAAUUCCUAAAAACAUUGCAACUACCCAGCCGUUGUCUUUGGCUAUUGGUGCGGCGUCAAUAGUGCUCAUUGCUCUAUUGAAGCUGGUGGGCAAGAAAUGGGGGCAAAAGAGUGUCAUCAUCAGGAUAUUAUCGAAUUUACGAAACGCUUUUGCAAUCGCUAUUUCCACCGGAGUAUCCUUCGUUAUCAAUAGGGGGCUUACGGUUCCACGAUUCUCUAUUGCUGGUACUGUCCCUCCUCAAGGAAUUCAAUCCCCACAAUCUCCGACCGAGAUUGUCCUGCUUGUUGCUACUAAAUCUUUCCCUGUUUUUAUAGGCGCUGUAGUAGAACAUUUGAUUUUCGCCAAGUCCUUUGCACGCCAACACAACUAUGAGAUUGAUGAAUCUCAAGAGCUUGUAUUCCUUGGAACCGCAAACAUUGUGAAUAGUCUUUUCGGUGGGAUGCCAGUAUCCGGAUCACUUUCCUUAUCAGCAGUGAAUUCGGCAACUGGAGUAAGGUCGCCGCUGGGUGGGCUAUUCUCAGCGGGCAUCGUUUUCUUCGCCAUCAGCCAAUUAACCCAGGCCUUCAAAUGGAUUCCGACUGCCGCAACCAGCGCCGUUAUCCUGGUCUCCGUAGCUGAAAUCCUCCCUCCAAAUAGUAUUCCUCUCGUAUAUUGGAAAAGAUCCUUUGCCGAUUUCAUAGGCUUUUUCGUUGUCAUGAAUGUUGCGCUAGUUGCAGGUUUAGAGAUCGCUCUUGGUCUUGGAGUAGCCUACAUGAUUGUAUACACUCUUUUACGCACAUUAUUUUCCUCGAUUACUCCACUGAAAUCUUUGGAUAUUGAGAAUAGAUACAGUUUCAACAACGUGGAAAGAAUGCGACCACCACCCUCCGGAGACCGUCUAAUACCCCAAGGAACUCAGAUUAUCACGUUAGAAACACCGCUUUUUUACCUCAACGCCAGGCAAAUCAAGAAAGAUAUACUAGAAGCUAUCUGGACUAAUCAUGAGCCCACUCCGUAUGGACCAACAGACCGAAAAGGAUGGAGCGAUUUUCGCAUUCGAAGAACUGCCGCUCUUCGUCGUAGGAGCAAUAUCAAUACGCCAACCCGAUUCCUUCCAAAACUUGAAGUUGUCGUACUCAAUUUUACUCGAGUUACCUUUAUUGACACUACUGGCCUUAUCUACCUCCAAGAUAUCAAGGACGAAAUUAUGACCUACAGCGGUGAUGCCGUAGAAUUACGCUUCGUAGGGAUGACUUCCGCUGUACAGAAGAAAUUCAAGAGAGCAGGUUGGCCACUGGGAACUUAUCAAGAAUCACAAAUUGGCCUAGUAGCAGGGAUCGAUAUUAUAUUCGAGGAUUUAUAUGAUGCCAUCGCAGUACCCAGAUCAGUAAGAGCAUCGAUGAAUGGGCUAGGAUUUGAGUUUGGAAAUGCGAAGAAUGAUAUGGAACAGGAUAGUGAUGAGGAGGCUUUUCAAAAGGGGGCGAUGAAUGUUAUUGUUACGAAUGUUAUGACGAAGCAUGGGAGGGCUUUUAAGGAGAAGUUUUGA